UCGUCGUCGCAUCGAUCGUGUUCCCCUACUAACAUCCACCACCUAUCUUUAUUCCCCUCUCUUUAUCACUCUUUCUCGCUCUUUCAUUCCAGUAGUUAACUUCACUCCUCCUGUCUAUAUCUCUCGCAUAGUCGAUCUACCCUUUAACACGGAAGACAUCGGCCAUUAUCAACGUACGUUUCGUUCUGUUUCGUGCAACUUAGAGUUUUUCUGAAAGAAAUGUAAACAAGUAUUUGACAGUUACGCGUGCGCUUUUAACUAACGAUUUCAUUUCCUGUACGGCAGUCAUAUUUAUUAUCUCUUUCAUUCUCCUUCACCUCUACUGACUAUAAUUUGUGAUAAUUUCUACCAUUCUUUCGAAGAAAGAGAAGAAAGAUCCAACGAAAAUUCUAUAGAAGAAGAAUAGGAAAGGACUCGUCUUAAGAUCCUUUGGAAGAUUGGAUGUCCUUAAGUUGGAUCGUGACAGGUGAAAAGAAAGAUGUUAACGUGCUGGGAAAAAAUCUCUUUGGUGGUCCUGACCGCUGUGGUGCUGAGGAUUUUUAUAAGAGGGGGACUUUUGGCAUGGAAGAAAUUAUUGGCACCUAAUCUAGGCUUAGGCGUAGAUUUGACGAUUCAAGGUAGAUGGGCAGUGAUCACGGGUGCAACCGAUGGAUUGGGGAAAGCAUUCGCCAAGGCUCUUGCUAGUAAAGGUCUUGACAUUGUCCUAGUAUCAAGAUCAUUGGCGAAGCUUAAGGAUGUUGCAACCGAAAUAAAAGAGAAAUAUGGAGUUGAAACUCGUGUCGUCGAAGCUGAUUUAACCGAAGGUCAAGCGAUUUACUCUAAGAUCGCCAAAGCUACGGAAGAACUUGAGGUUGGAAUUUUGAUUAACAGCGCUGGUAUGAGUUACGAACACCCAGAAUUUCUCACAAACAUGCCAGAAGAAACACUGAAUAAUAUAUUGCAAUUAAACGUGGCUGGUCUUACCGGUACCACCAGAGUAAUACUUCCAGGCAUGAUGAAACGACGGAAAGGUGUCGUAAUUAAUAUAAGUUCAGUAACGGGUGAUAUUCCAAGUCCAUAUUUGACAGUCUAUGCGGCCAGUAAAGCUUAUGUCAUUAAAUUUAGCGCCGAUUUAGCUGCGGAAGUAGCUCAGAAUGGUGUUACCGUACAAUGUAUUGUUCCUGGACCUGUUGCCACUAAGAUGACCAAAAUCAAAAAACCAACGUGGAUGGCGCCGACUGCUGAUAAAUUUGUCGAGGCUACUUUGAAAACUGUGGGAAUCGAAUCUUUAACAACCGGAUAUCCACCGCACUAUUUAGUGUACGGAUUUAUGAAAACGUUGACAUGCGUGUGUGAGAAGGGUGCAAUGUGGUUAGUGACCAGGACGAUGCUCAAUUUAAGAGGACGUUCUCUCCGGAAAAAGAUGAGGGAACAGGAGCAAAUGAAAGAGAUUCCACAACGUGACACUCUCCUCACGGAAUAAAUUUCUAAAAUUAAUCUAUUGUUUCAUUUACUAUUAUCGUAAUUCGUAAGAUAUCUUUUACUAUUGAAAUGAUAGCGCUUUUCGUAA